UUGGGAUGUGAUAAUAAGAUGGGGAAUAUGCGGCUACUUCUAGCUGUCCUCUAUGUCCUUAUAGAGAUCGAUAAAGGGGCUUUUGUCAAUCCAUGUGACGAGGAAAACCAUUCCAUUCUUCCAAAUGGAGGAUGGAGGGGAACGGCAUGCAAACGAACUAGAGAAAAAAGCAUUUGCGACAGAUACAUCGAAACUGGUAAAAAUAAAUGGUACAAAGUAUUAGGUCAUGAUGACAAACUUCCCAGGAAAAUGGCCGAGGGUCCUGUAAGAAUGUUUUACUGUGGAACGAAUUACCCUCUAUACUUGCCUAAAGGCUCUCAUCCUACCACUGAUGGGACAAUUGUAACAAAAAAUGCGUGCAUGCAUGCUGGUUCUGAUGUUUGUAAAAAACAGUAUCCAGUGCAAAUUUUGAAAUGCGGAACCUUUUACUUAUACAACCUAUCUCGUCCUGAUAGUUGUGAUGUUGCUUAUUGCUUUGGCGAGAAUUUGGAAUGUUCAAAACCAGACCCUUGUGAGGAAAAAAAUCGACUCAACCUUCCGGUUUCCGGAGAUCGAUCAACUAGUUGCCAAGAAAAAUCGCUUAAACUUUGCGAUUCCGUUCUGCGAAACAGUUGGUAUCGACCGAUGAAUGGAAAUGUUGAUGUGAAAAUGCCAACAUCAUGUGUUGAAAGGAACAGCUGUGGAACGGAGGCCCCGAUUUGGUUGAAUGGUUUGGGGCCUAGUCUUACCGAUAAAACAGUAGACAUGAAAGCCUGUGUAAAUUUGGGAAAAACAAAUAAAUGUUCCUGUGACAGGGAAAUUGAUAUACAAGUGCGGAACUGUUCUUCAUUUUUGGUAUACAAUCUAACUUCCACACCAAACUGCCCUGAGAGAUAUUGUUUUGGUAAUACAGGGGAAUGUCAUGUGGAUAGCAAAGGUAUUCGUUUAAGUUACCCCUUGAUUUAA